CCUCGCCUCCUCUCACCUUUGGACCAGUUUGGUGCUAGCGGGUCAAUGCGGCUGAGACUGCGGCUCAGGGUGAGAUGACCAUGUGGACGAUGGGCCUCGGGGCCCUGGGAGCUGCAAUCGCUGGCGUCUUCCUGGCAAACACUGACCUCCUGAUGCCCAAGCCCGAGUCUGCCACGUUAAGCUACCUGUCGGCAACCGAUCUGAGGACCCUGGAUCAAGGGGGACUUACAUUUAAAGCAAGCGACUUGUGGCAAAGUAAUGGAGCAGUAAUAAUGGUGGUUCGAAGACCGGGAUGAUUCUUGUGUCGGGAGGAGGCUGCCGGCAUCUCCUCUCUGAAACCCCAGCUCGACGAGAUGGGCAUCCCUCUUUACGCAGUCAUCAAAGAAAACAUCAACCAUGAAGUGAAGGAAUUCCGGCCCUAUUUCAAAGGAGAAAUCUUUCUAGAUGUCAAUAAGCGCUUCUACGGGCCCAAGCAGCGGACGCUGGGGCUCAUGGGGUUUGCCCGCCUGGGGGUUUGGAAAAACUUCAUCCGAGCCUGGCGUGAGGGCUUCACCGGGAACACGGCCGGAGAAGGCUUCAUCCUUGGAGGAGUGUACGUCAUCGGAGCUAGGGAUCAGGGCAUCCUCCUGGAACACCGGGAGAAGGAAUUUGGAGAUAAAGUUGACCACCAGUCCCUGCUCGAGGCCGUUGAAAAGAUCAAGCCUCCGAUCCGCACUAAAUCUGAGCAGUAAACCCUGGAUAACGGCAGCUGAUGGCUUGAUUCUAAACAAAACAUGUCCCCAGCAUUAUAAACGCGGUCCCCAGCAAUCUAAACACAGCCCCCAGCAAUCUAAACACAGCCCCCAACAAUCUAAAUGCAGCUCCCACCAAUCUAAAUGCAGUACACAACUAUUUAAUUGCAUUACCCGAAAUUUAAAUGCGGUAUUCAUAACCUAAACUGCCCCCAACAAUAUAAACGCCACAAGCAGUCCGCUGCAAUCUAAACAACACGCAUAGUGCCCAACCAUCUACACACAGUACCCAACCAUCUACACACAGUACCCAACCAUCUACACACAGUACCCAACCAUCUAAACACAGUACCCAACCAUCUAAACACAGUACCCAACCAUCUAAACUACCCAACCAUCUAAACACAGUACCCAACCAUCUAAACACAGUACCCAACCAUCUGAACACAGUACCCAACCAUCUACACACAGUACCCAACCAUCUGCACACAGUACCCAGCCAUCUACACACAGUACCCAACCAUCUGCACACAGUACCCAACCAUCUACACACAGUACCCAACCAUCUACACACAGUACCCAACCAUCUACACACAGUACCCAACCAUCUACACACAGUACCCAACCAACCACACACAGUACCCAACCAUCUAAACACAGUACCCAACCAUCUAAACACAGCACCCAACCAUCUGAACACAGUACCCAACCAUCUGAACACAGUACCCAACCAUCUACACACAGCACCCAACCAUCUGAACACAGUACCCAACCAUCUACACACAGUACCCAACCAUCUACACACAGUACCCAACCAACUGAACACCACACAUGGUUCCCAAUGACCCAAAUGUCGCACCCAACAAUCUAAAUACAACUUGAAUCCAGAUCCACGUCCGAGCAAGCAGCAGCCACUACCCACACAUCUAAAGUCAAUAACACCUAUCUAAACACAGUACCCCACUGUCUAAGUGGAAUACCCUGUACUAGCAGUCUAAAUGCAGCAUGUGUGGGAAGGAACUACAGAUGCUGGUUUAAACCAGAGAUAGACACAAAAAGCGGGAUUGGCUCAGCGGGUCAGACAGCAUCUCUGGAGAAAAGGAAUAGGUGACGUUUCGGGUCAGGACGUUCUACAGACUCGAAACGUCCCCUUAUUCCUUUUCUCCAGAGAUGCUGUCUGACCCGCUGAGUUACUCCAGCAUUUUGUGUCUAACCUAACUAUUUAAAUGCGGUGCCCUCAAAUUUAAACACAGAAUCCAAUAAUCUCAACACAGGGCCCAGUACUCAGCAGUCUGGAUUCUACCCCUGCCUCCCAGUAGUCUAGACUCUUGCCAUCUCCAGCGACCAGCCGUCUGAACCCUGAGCAGUCCCCUGCCCCUCAAUCCCCCUUCACCAUGCAGUCGGCGUGGACCCCUGCACUGUGCUGUAUUAAUGAUGGUCUGAUUGUAAAUGCUUUGAUCACACCUGAUACCCCACCAAGCCAGUCAGGAAAGUCUGACGCUGUUCUGACAUAUAAACAUUGCUCAUAAUGUACCACAAACCAAAUCAAUAAAGGAAACGGGAAACCUUG